GCAGCCGCCGCCGCCGCACUGCACAGCUGCUGGUUGUCAUGGAGGAGCAAAGAUGGCGGUCCUGGCCUAUAGCCUGGGCAAACGCGAAAUAAACCAACACUUCACCAUAAAAAACGCCAAAGUCAUCUCGCUGACGGUCGUGCUGCUGCUGCUGCUGUUCCACGCAGCCUCGCGGUACCAUGGAGGCGGAGACUCCUGCGAAUGGCUUCUGUCUAGAGGACGCUACUUGGGGGAGAACGUAUGGCAGCCUUAUGGCUGCAUGAUGCACAAAUACAAAAGCAUCGAGGCCAAAACCUGCCUGGCUGAAAAGCGGGUGGCCUUUGUUGGAGAUUCACGAAUCAGGCAGCUAUUUUACUCCUUCCUCAAAAUUAUAGACCCUGAAAGGAGAGAGGAUGGCAACAAGCAUGAGGACAUUUCCUUUGAAGACAAGAGUUCCUCUGUGAAUGUGGACUUCCUGUGGUAUCCAGAGGCAAAUAAUUCAAUGAAGGAGCGUUUGAUAUCAUGGACACACGAAGCUUCAGUAAAGCCAGAUGUUGUCAUCCUCGGAGCUGCAACUUGGUCCAUCAAGUUGCACAGCGGCAGCAGCGAGGCCCUGCAGCAGUACAAAGUCAACCUGACCGCCAUCGCCGUGCAUCUGGAGAGGCUGGCUGACCACGGAGAGGUCUACUGGGUGCUGCAAGACCCAGUUAACGAGGAGGUGCUGAGUGACAACAGGAAAAUGAUCACCAACCAACAGCUCGAGCUGUACAACGAGGCGGCGGCGGACGUGCUCAACAGCAGCAAGCGUAGCGGCAGGUCCCGGGUCAAGCUGCUGGCCGCGUCCCGCCAGGCAGCACUGGAAACCAUCGGCCAGUCAGACGACGGCCUGCACCUGCCAGAAAGCACCAGGAACGUGGGCGCCAUGGUGCUCAUGAACUCCAUGUGCAACAAGCUACUGAGGCCAAUCGACGGCUCCUGCUGCCAGACGUUGCCACCGCCCAACUUCCUGCAGAAAAUGGCGGCGUGUUUCUUCCUGGGCUCGGCCCUGGUCUUCCUGGUCCUCCACGUCCUUGGCAACAACCGCCACCGCCGACCUGUGCCGCCUGACGUGGAGAGCCUCGAGGAGAAGAAGCCAGCGAUGGCAGCGGCCCCCUUCGGUCCGAAGGCGCCCUUCCGCGCUCUCUGCAGGAUGGGCCUCAUUAUGGGCUACUUUUACCUUUGUGACAGAGCAGAUGUGUUCAUGAAGGAGCAGAAGUUCUACACACACUCCAAGUUCUUCAUUCCGCUCGUCUAUAUAUUUGUGUUGGGAGUGUUUUACAGUGAGAACAGCAAGGAGACCAAAUUACUCAACCGGGAGCAAACCGACGAGUGGAAGGGCUGGAUGCAGCUCGUCAUCCUCAUCUAUCACAUAUCUGGUGCCAGCGCUUUCAUUCCAGUGUACAUGCACGUGCGGGUGCUGGUGGCAGCUUACCUGUUUCAGACCGGCUAUGGACACUUCUCCUUUUUCUGGCUGAAAGGAGACUUUGGACUGUAUAGAGUGUGCCAGGUGCUUUUCCGUCUGAACUUCCUGGUCUUGGUGCUCUGUGUCGUAAUGGACAGACCCUAUCAGUUCUAUUACUUCGUCCCAUUGGUCACCUUCUGGUUUGUCAUCAUCUACGCCGCGCUGGGCAUGUGGCCCCAGAUCCUGCAGAAGAAAGCCAACAGCAGCGGCAUAUGGCACCUCGGACUGUUGGCGAAGUUACUGGGCCUCCUGUUGUUCAUAUGCUGCUUUGCAUUUUCACAGGGUUUCUUUGAGAGCAUCUUCUCCAUGUGGCCCAUCUCCAACUUCUUUGAGCUGAACGGAAGCAUCCACGAGUGGUGGUUCAGAUGGAAGCUGGACCGAUUUGCUGUGAUCCACGGCAUGUUAUUCGCCUUCAUCUAUCUGGUGCUGCAGAAGCUUCAGGUGCUGUCCGAGGGAAAAGGAGAUGAUCUGUUCUCUGGCAUGAUCGCUAACCUUCUUCUUUUCCUCUCUGUCGUCUCCUUUAUAACCUACUCCAUAUGGGCCAGCAGUUGCAACACCAAAACCGAGUGCAAUGAGAUGCACCCUUACAUCUCUGUGGUCCAGAUUCUGGCCUUCAUUCUUAUCAGGAACAUUCCUGGCUACGCCCGAUCUAUUUAUAGCUCCUUCUUCGCAUGGUUCGGAAAGAUCUCCUUGGAGCUGUUCAUAUGCCAGUAUCACAUCUGGCUGGCGGCAGACACCAAGGGGAUCUUGGUCCUGAUUCCGGGGAACCCUUCACUCAACCUCAUGGUCAGCACCUUCAUCUUCGUCUGUGUGGCUCAUGAGAUUUCCCUCAUCACCAACGACCUGGCCCAGGUGGUAAUCCCCAAAGACAGCGUGGCCCUGCUGAAGAGGCUGGGGGCAGUGGGGCUCAUUAGUCUGGUUGUGCUGCUGCUUGCCAGGGGCGGCCAGUCCACUCCUAGCCCCUGAUGGGGACCCCUUUGAUGGAGAGGGCUUGGUAACCCGCUAAGCCCUCUGCUGAGACUGAGGUGAGGUACAGAUGCAAGCCAGGAGCUGGCCCGGGGGCUUGAGGCUACUGGUGGCCGCAGGAGACGGCGUCAGCAGCGGUGGCUCAAAGAACACAAGGGUGAUCAGAUUGUCACCGCUUGCCGUGUUUGAGCAGAAUCUGUACUUUUUUUUUACUGCUGUGAAAGUCGCACACUGAAGAAAAGAAAAAUGCCCAGAAAAAAGGAGGUGAUUGCUUUAUUUAGGGUAAAAUCGCAAGAGAGAAAAAAAACAAAACUCAAAGUUUACAUUUUCUGCAUUCAACAGAAGAGCAGAGGAGUUUUUAUUUGCAACAAAGAGGUCCGCUCAUUUCAAGACCCUCGUGCUUGCUGUGUGAAUUUUUGCAGCGUCGCGUCUAUUCAGCCAAACAAAAUAAUAGGCUUCUUCUGUCACUUAACAGUACUUCCUGUCAUUGCUCCGAUCGGGAAGAGAUCACUACACACACACUUCGUCCACGUGGCAGUCGCAGCUCAAAGUGUUUUUGUUUUUGUUUUUUAUUUUGCUCAGGUGGAUCCAUAAUCCACAUAUUCAGAUAUCUACACUUGUAGGAUUCAAAUGUUCCGUUGGGCUCUAUUCACUGAUCAGCACAGCUUUGUACAGUAUUUCCAGUGACUCAAAAAAAAAUGGUGUGAGAUAUCUAAAUAUGCAAUCUAUGGACCAACAAUAUGGUUUGCGUGAUCAAAAAAACUGUUGAGUAAAAAACAAAAAUUGGAGUGAAAUUGUGGCAAUGUUGGGAAAUCCCUCAACAUAUUUUUGUGGUUACUUUAAAAAAACGUUUGCCUUGUUCUGAAAGGUACUGUGGUCACCUGCUAUAGCCCUGAAAUUCUAUGUGAUAUGUACAGUAUUUAAUGAUUUAAAUUAAGCUUAUAUUUUAUACAAUGGCGUUUUUUUUUGGCUUUGUUUUAUUCUCACGCCCAUGACUGCUGUUUGUGAAGGAAGUAUUACAUUGAUAAUUUUCUACUGCCUCAGAUACACACCACAGAGAUUGAGCCUUUACAGUCCACCCACCCCCCCACCCACCACCCCUGAAGGUCCUAUAAGCAGCUGACUUCAGAGUCUGUGUAUAUUUGUAUGAUAGAGUGAGAUAUUUAUUUUCUACAGUCAGGCUUCAUCAGUGUUUUUAGUCCUUCAUUAAAAACAUGCAUCAUAGCUCUGUUGUAAAACUGCUGGGUUGCACAUAUUGUACCAUAGGGCUAAAAGCUGACUAUUCACCUUCCCCUCUGCUGCCACAGCCGCUAAACUCUUUGGUCAGCGGACAAGCGAUGUGUUGAGACUGAAUGCCUUUCGAACACACAGCUUUUGCUCAGUGGCUUAUACACGCAGCACAUCUCCGUGUGGUCAUGUCUGCGAUGUAGCCUGGGAUCACAAUCAUCCGUCACUUCGAACUUUGCAUCAGGGCCACGUCAACAUUCAAAAUGGACAACUUCUUUGUAAUGCAGACUGAGCUGAGGAGACGUAUUACUGUAGGUCAAAGAGAAAUGGUGUAUAUGCCAUCAACUGACAAAUAGUCGAUGUCGCUGCUUAUUUAUCCUCAAAGACGUUUAGGAGAGAUCAGCACUUUCAUUAUAAGGCCUGCGUUUAACAAGGUACCAGUGCAGAUAACGUCAUGUACCCAAACACAUUUUUACUGCAGGAACCUGAUGCUUAGUUAAGAUGAUUUGGGAGAAGAGAAAUGACAAUAUUGUAAGACCCAAGCUGUCUUGCAUAAGAUUUUAGAGUUGCAUAUUAUAAAGCCCGACUGAUAGGGAUUUGGGGUAAAAAAAUGUCUGAUAUCAAUAUAUCAGCCGAUACAUAUAUUUAAAAUAAACAAUAUAAAUUGGCAACGAUUUGAUAUUUUUCAAAUAUUUAAAUAUUUGUAUUUUAGCCCGUGUUUUCAUAUAUUUCAAAAAUGCAAUUCUGCACGCACAGUAGCUAUAAAUUAAAAAAAUACAAGCAAUCGUAAAAUACUUAACUAUAAUUAAAACAUAAAUGCACUUUUCUGCAUUGGUUAUUCUGUCAAAUAAAACUUAUAAUUGCCACAUACUGCCAAAAAAAAUAAACAAUACUGAUAUGUGUGUGAAGGACUCAUAUCUGCCAAUACAAUCGGACAAAUGCUUUUAUCGGCCGGGCUCUAGAUGAUUUCAUCUGCCGUGUUGUAGUUAACGCUCCCAGUGUCAGUCGCUUUCUACAAGUUUUUAUGUAGCUUCCCUUUUAUAAAAAAAAAGUGUCUCACAAACCACAACUUUCAAGUCCGCUCCCUUCAUCCAUCUGAUUGUGUACAGGUUGUGUAGUUAGCCAAGCGCCAAGUCAAUUUGUAAUUUGUUUCACGUCCUUGUAUAGAUGAGACUGGCAUUUCCAUGCUGCAAUUUCCUUUUUAUGUGUAAAGUUUACUGACCUGUUCUCCCGUCUAUAACCGAUGAACAGCUCUAUAUUUGGUAACUUUUUUCAGGCCUUAAUGGAUCUCUUUGGUCGUGUAAAAGCAACAACUAUUUAUACCCCAGUGCAGGGCCUGUUACAUGUACAUUCUUUUGUGAUGUCUUCAAAAAAAAUGUGAAAUAUAUCCACAUUAUUUAUAAAUGCUUUUAUUCUGUUGUACAUUGUUAAUUAUUUCAUAUAAUGUGCUUUUUUGUCAUUCACACAUUACGGUUGUCCUGUUUAUUAAUGGUUUUUACAUCCAGUAAAAAUAACUUUGAAAUA